AUGAACGGCCCUAAAAAAGAGAUUCCUUUAUGUGAGGUAUGUCAGCAACCAGCUAAUCAAAUAUGCGGCGGCUGCAAGCUGGUCUACUACUGUUCAAAAGCACACCAGAAGCUAGGAUGGCGGGAAGGUCACAAGUUCAAAUGUUGCGCCUUCAAGGUUCAAUACUCAGAAACAUUUGGUCGUCAUAUGGUUGCCACGAGAGAUAUUAAGCAGGGUGAAAUGAUUCUGAAAGAGAAGCCAGCUGUAAUGGGACCAAGGAUGUCCGGUCCAGCACAUUGCUUAUCUUGUGGAAAGAAGUUGGAACCGAUGAAAAUAAAAGAAAUAUACGACUUCUACAAGUGUACCUCUUGCAACUGGCCAAUGUGUGGGCCUGAAUGUGAAAAGGCUGAUAUUCAUAAAGCAGAAUGCAAGAUCAUGACUGAUAGAAAGUACAAGUGCACCAUUAAAUAUGAACAACCAGAUAAAACAGAAGCAGCGUAUUGUGUCAUAGCACCUCUCAGAGCAUUGUUAAUGAAGGAUUCUAACCCUCAACAGUACGAAAAUAUUAUGGCUCUCGAAUCACAUCUUGAAGAUCGUAUCAAUACACCGUUGUAUGUUAUCCUAAAAGCUAAUCUAGUGACUUUUAUAAUUCAAGUUCUUGGAUUACCAUUUGAUGAGGAUUCGAUAUUAAAAGUGGCUUCGAUAUAUGACACUAAUGCAUUUGACGUACGUUGCCUAGAUGGAUCAAAAAGAUUAAGAGCUAUUUAUGUAACUGCAUCGAUGAUGAACCACAACUGCAAACCCAACACACGUCAUAUAUAUUUAGGUGACAAUUAUAAUCUGGCAGUUAUUGCAACUGUGCCAAUAUCAAAGGGAGAAAUGAUAACAUUAACAUACACUCAAACUUUGCUAGGUACUUUGGAUAGAAGUAAGCUCUUGAAGAUAAACAAAUGUUUUGAAUGUGUCUGUGAGAGGUGUAGGGAUCCAACAGAAUUUGGCACAUAUAUUGGUAGCAUUUAUUGUUCAAUUUGUAACGGGCCUUUUGGAAAUGGAAUCGAGAAGCGACCGAUGUUGAUAUCGUCAAACCCUUUAGAUGAAACUGCCACUUGGAAAUGUGAAAAAUGUGAUCAUUUCAUUUUGAGUAGGCAAAUGUUUUGGGGAAAUAAUGCUCUAUCACAGGAAUUGAUGAAAAUUCGUAAAGAUGGACCCGAGAAAUUCGAAGAAUUCAUAGAGAAAUACAGUCAAACGCUACAUCCGAAUAAUCAUUUAGUUCUACAAGCUAAAUUGGCUCUCCUACAAAUUUAUGGAAAUUAUAAAGGAUACACAUUGUCAGAAUUACCAGAUCAUUUGUUGAAGCGCAAAUUAGAUCUAUGCCAUGAACUCCUAGAGUUAGCAGAUCAACUCGAGCCAGGCUGGUCACGGUUUAGAGGCACUAUUCUUCUAGACUUACAGGCAGCUAUGGUAGUUCAAACUAAAAGGGACUAUGAAGCCGAAAAAAUAACUAAAGAGGGAGUUCAGGAUGAACUUAUGGAAAGUAUGGUAUUAUUGCAAGAAGCUGCUAACAUUCUAAGAGUGGAACCUGAAAUGCGACCAACGUUAGAAGCAAAGAUUGAAGAGUUAACAAGAUUUUUGCAGACUCCAGAAUAA